AUGUUAAGUUCGCGUUAUUAUAGUGCAUCGAGACUCGGCACUGAUGCAAAGCCUCGUACAGCCAUGGUUGUCGACGAGGAUGACGAACUGUACGCAGGCUUUAAUGAGGUCGCUCCAGCACUCGAUACCAGGAACUUGCGUGAGGACCAGGACUUUCAGGAGACGCUCCGAACCGCUGGCAUCGGAAGGAAAGUGUCAAGCAGGAUGGGCACUGGGAUGAUGCGUCUGGGCACAGUCAGUGUGCGUGGUAACAGUUCGCGAGCGGCAACAGCGGCGCGGCCUGUGACUGCGGUGCGUGCAGCUGGUUACACUUCUGCCACCAGAGAAUUGCCCACCAGGGACGAUAUCAAGGAAGACAGUAUUGAAGAACGGGUAAAACAGAUGGAGGCGCGUAUCAUGACCCUGGUUGAAGAGUCGUGUAUGUUGAGUGCGAGAACUGAUCCUGAUGAUGACAGUACACUGAAGAAAGAAAUCGAUUUGGGACAGGCCCUAGCAAAAGCACAAGAGGCUUCUGCAUUAGAAAGGCAGCUUAUUAGAAUGCAGGAACAGGCCAAUCUUGGUGACACACACAAUCUGGAUCUCACAUUUGCGGUUCUUUGCAAUUUGGCUGAUCAAUAUGCUCUCAACGAAAUGUAUACAGAGGCGUUAAACACAUAUCAAUUACUCACUAGAAACAAACUAUUCCCUCAUGCCAACAGACUUAAGGUCAACAUGGGUAACAUUUAUUUCAAAAUGGGCGAACAUCCUAAAGCUUUAAAGCUAUACAGAAUGGCACUUGAUCAAACACCGACAGCCGAAAAAGAUUUAAGGAUGAAGGUUAUGCACAACAUUGGUUUACUGUUAGUUCGCAUGGGUAAGUUUCGUGACGCAGUGACUAAUUUUCAACACAUCAUGCACGAACAAGGAGACUUUCAAACGGGUUUACAUUUGGUAUUGUGUUCAAUUGCCCUAAACGACACUGAGGGUGCUAAGGCAGCAUUCCACGCUAUGCUAGACGUGGAACCUCCCACAUUCCACCAGGAUAUUACCAUUGAUGACGAGAACGACGCUUAUUCGCUGGUGAUCCGCGACGUGGUACGGGGCGACCGCCUGUCGCGCUGGUCGCGGCGCGCCGCCGCGCACGCCGAGCGCUGCCUGGCGCGCGCCGCCGCCGCCGCCAUGGGCCACGGCGACCGGGCACCCGACGGCACCGGUUCCAUGUGGUGCGUGGAAGCUCUUCGUGGGUCCAGCGGCGGAGCGGCUGGCGCCCGGCUCGAGCUGGGAGCAGCACUAGCUGCGCUGCGGACGCUCCGCCCGCCCGCAGCGCCCUCUGCGCGGCAGGCGCUCACCAGGCUGAAGGCUGUGGCCCGCGCCAAUCCUCAAGACAGAGUGCUUCGUGCCGAGGCCAAUACUGACGCUGCCUUCGUGGCAUAUGCGUUGGGCAACUGGUCUGAAGCACGAUCUCUCAGUGAGGCGGCAUCUCGUGACGACCCAUACUCCUGCGCAGCGCGGGUAACGUUAGCGCUGGCGAGUGCUCGCACAGCUGACAGCGACCCACUGGCAUGGUCUAGUGCUGCAGAACAACUUGCAGCUGCUACCCAUCUGGAUCCAGCGGAUCUUGUAGCAGCACAUAACCUUGCUCUGGCACUGGAGAACAGUAACGAAGAAAAUGGCGCGAACAGUGGCGCGGCGCGCUGGGCGCUGGUGCGUAACGCGGGCGGGGCGGGAGCCACGCUGCGCGCGCUGGCCGCCGCCGCGCUGGCGCGCACCGCGCACGCGCAUGCACGGGACUCGCCCGCCGCUGAGCAUUGGUAUAGCCUCAUUGGUAGCUGGGACUCUGGCGUGACGUGUGCUCUUGCGCAGCUUCACAGUGAAAUGGGUGACACUCAAACAGCCAAACAUCAUUACCAAGAUGUAGAGGCAAUAUGGCCAUGUGAGCUGACAGCGCUGGAAUGGCUGGCAAACGAAGCGCAACCAGAUGUAGCAUUACAAUAUUACAGGCGUGCUGCCCGACUGCAACCAAGUAACCCUCAAUGGGGUUUGCUAAUGGGAGCUUGCCUGCGAGCCAGUGGAAGAUAUCAGGAAGCGCUUGCAUUGUACAAGAAAAUGAACACCAGGUUUCCGGACAAUGUACAAUGUUUAAAAUUUAUAGUUAAGCUUUGCGGGGACCAAGGACUUUCAGAGACCACCGCAUGGAGCCGUGAAUUGCAACGCGCUCAAGCUCGGAUAAAACAGAAGGAACAAGUAUCUGUUGCGUCAGCCGGAAGCCUCUCGUCGGGGACUAGUCAAUCACCAAUAGAUCAAAUUAGAGGUAGUGGUCGUGCGGACAGCGCUACAACAGUGCCUUUGACAGCGGGAUCUCGGCGCUCUAGCGAUGCACGCGGUGACAGCGCAUCAACACGACCUUACGUUUAUACAGGAACAAAUGCUCAAGAGGGUUUGCAGCCAGUCAACCGGUCUAUUGUUCGAUCAGAAACAAAGAAGAAAUACGUCGAAGAUUUUGAUGACGAUUUGCCUCUACCUCCCGAGUAA